GCCGGAAGUGAGCUGCUGGAGGCGCCGCCGGGAGCUGCCACGUCCGAGGCCCGGGUCCGCCGCAGCCGCCGCAGCCAUGGUGUCUGUCAUCAACACCGUGGACACCUCGCACGAGGACAUGAUUCACGACGCGCAGAUGGACUACUACGGCACCCGCCUGGCAACCUGCUCCUCCGACAGGUCCGUCAAGAUCUUCGACGUGCGCAACGGAGGGCAGAUCCUCGUCGCUGACCUCAGAGGGCAUGAGGGUCCUGUGUGGCAGGUGGCCUGGGCCCACCCCAUGUAUGGCAACAUCCUGGCAUCCUGCUCCUAUGACCGCAAAGUCAUCAUCUGGAAGGAGGAGGGCGGCACCUGGGAGAAGACCCACGAGCACUCGGGCCACGACUCCUCAGUGAACUCGGUGUGCUGGGCCCCGCAUGACUACGGCCUCAUCCUGGCUUGCGGGAGCUCGGACGGGGCCAUCUCGCUGCUGACCUACACCGGGGAAGGCCAGUGGGAGGUGAAGAAGAUCAACAACGCCCACACCAUCGGCUGCAACGCGGUCAGCUGGGCGCCCGCCGUCGCCCCAGGAAGCCUCAUCGACCAGCCUUCAGGGCAGAGACCCACCUGCCCCAAGAAGUUCGCAUCUGGAGGCUGUGACAACCUCAUCAAGCUGUGGAGGGAGGAGGAGGACGGCCAGUGGAAGGAGGAGCAGAAGCUGGAGGCACACAGCGACUGGGUCCGCGACGUGGCCUGGGCCCCCUCCAUCGGCCUGCCCACCAGCACCAUCGCCAGCUGCUCCCAGGAUGGCCGUGUGUUCAUCUGGACUUGUGACGAUGCCUCUGGCAACACCUGGUCCCCCCGACUGCUGCACAAGUUCAACGACGUCGUGUGGCACGUGAGCUGGUCCAUCACCGCCAACAUCCUGGCCGUCUCUGGGGGAGACAAUAAGGUGACCCUGUGGAAAGAGUCCGUCGACGGGCAGUGGGUGUGCAUCAGCGACGUCAACAAGGGCCAGGGGUCCGUGACCGCGUCCGCCACAGAGGGCCAGCAGAACGAGCAGUGACAGGACCUGCAGCUCCACGCCGGCCCCCCGGGUCAGCUGCCGGAACACUGGCAGGAGAGCGUCCUCCCCGAGUCAGGUGCUGUGAUCUGAUCGGGCCGUGGCCUGCCCUGUGAGAGCACUCUAUGAGGAAGAAACUGCAAAUGGCCUUCAGAGCUAUUCUUCUACAUCCUUUAGGCCAUUUUAACGCACCUUUGGGUUCAGGCAUUAUUGGGGGUUUUUUGUUUCCAGUGGAACUAAAUAAAAUUGUAUUGCUAAUA